AUGAAAGAAAUUCUCACCAAGAAGAGAAGAAUUAUUGAUGAAGAAACAAUACAUUUUGAUGCAAGCUGCAAUGCGAUCAUUCAACGAACACUUCCACAAAAAGAAAAAGAUCCAGGAAGAGUUAUGUUACCUGUCGCAAUUGGGAACAUAAACGUUGGGAAAGCAUUGAUUGAUCUUGGCUCAAGUAUAAAACUCAUUCCACUCUCAGUAGUACGAAGAAUUGGUGAUUUGGAUAUGAAGAAUAUUUGGAUGACUUUGCAACUAGCCGACAAAUCAGUCACAAAGACAUCAGGUAUUGCCGAAGACGUGUUGGUCAAGGUAGAUAAGUUUUUAUUCCCUAUCGAUUUUAUUGGCAUGGAUAUAGAGGAAGAUAAUGAUGUACCACUAAUUUUAGGACGUCCAUUCAUGAAAACCGCAUGCACGAUGAUUACUAUUUAUGAUGGUUUAAUGAAAGUACGUGUUCAAGAUGAAGAAGUUACCUUCAACCUCUUUGACGCCAUGAAACAUUCCAAGGAUAAGAGAGCUUGUUUUCGAGUUGAUACAAUUGAUGAAGAAAUAGUGAAAAUACAAAAACAAACACACUUGACAACACCAUUAGAAAGAGCCCUCAUGAAUGUUUUUAAUGUCAUUGAUCCGAAAGAAGAAAAGGAACUCAAUGAAUGUUUAAUAGAACUUGAUUCAGUAAAAGAAAUACCAUUGAAAGAGGCAAAAAUUUAG